CUGCCCAGCCCUGUCACCUUCUCCCAAGCUGCAGUAUAAGGAGUAGUGGCAGGGAGGAGGCCUCUGGGAAGGCAGGGGAGUCUGGGAAAGGAGAGAGGAGGCUGCAGACCUAGAAGGAGUGAGAACAAGAAGUCAGAAGGAAAAAGAGAACAGAGGAGGGCACACGGACACAGAGAAGAGAAAGGGCCAACAGAAGGAAACUUGGGUGGGAAAAAGACACUUCGGAGGGAGAAGGAGUGAGGCAGAGAUGAAGUUACAGGGGUCCCUGGCCUGCCUCCUGCUGGCCCUGUACCUGGGCAGUGGGGAGGCUGGCCCAUUGUUAAGUGGAGGGGCAAGCGCUGAAGCAGGUUUUGGGGAAGCCGUUGGACAUGCGGCAGGAGAUGCCAUUAGUCAUGGAAUCAGUGAGGCCAUUGGCCAAGGGGCCGGAGAGGCAGCCCAUGCUCUUGGAAACACUGGGAGUGAGGCUGGCAGACAGGCUGAGAACAUUAUUCGACAUGGAAUAGAUGCUGCCCACAGCUCCUGGCAGGGGAUGCCUGGCAGCAACGGUGCUUGGGGAACCAAUGGCCAGCCUCCAUCUGGAGGCCAGGGCACCUUUGGCUCUCAGGGUGGCAUUGGAGCCCACAGCCAGGGCAAUCCCGAAGGCCCAGGCAAUCCCUGGAUCCGUGGACACGCUGGAGGCUCAGGUGGCAGCUUUGGAACCAACUCUCAGGGAAGCUCCUGGGGCCAAGGAGGCAAUGGAGGGCCAUACAACUUGGGACCCAACACUCAGGGAGCUGUGGCCCAACCUGGUUAUGGCUCAGCGAGGGGCAACAGCAACCCAAAUACGGAGUGCACCAACCCUCCGCCCUCUGGCUCAAGUGGAAGCUCUAGCAACUCUUGGGGAAGCAGUGGCGGCAGCAGCGGUGGUGGCAGCAACAGCGGUGGCAGCAGCGGCAGUAGCGGCGGCAGUGGCAGUAGCGGCGGCAGUGGCAGUAGCGGCAGCAACGGUGGUGGCAGCAACAGCGGUGGCAGCAGUGGCAGUAGCGGCGGCAGUGGCAGUGGCGGCAGCAGCAGUGGUGGCAGCAACAGCGGUGGCAGCAGCGGCAGUAGCGGCGGCAGUGGCAGCAGCGGCAGCAGUGGUGGUGGCAGUGGCAGCAGUGGCAGCAGCGGCGGCAGCAACGGUGGCAGCAGCGGCAGUGGCGGUGGCAGCAGUGGUGGUGGCAACAACGGCAAUGGUGGUAGCAGCGGCAGCAGUUCUGGGGGCAACUGGGAACACAGUAGCAGCUCUUCCUCAGGAAGCAGCGGAGGAAGUGGUGGUGGAAAUAAACCCGAGUGUGACAACCCAGGAAAUGGAGUCCGAGUGUCCGGAGGAUCUGGGGGUCAGGGAAUAAGCAGGGAAGGUAGUCGCCUCCUUGGGAACUCCCAAGGCAAUUAUCAGGGGCAAGGGUCCAGUGGGGGAGGUGAAGCUGUCGGUGGAAUCGAUAACUUGAACUCUCAGACUUCUGGGCCCUUCAACUUCGACACUUUCUGGAAGAACUUUAAAGCCAAGCUGGGCUUCAUUAACUGGGAUGCCAUAAACAAGGGCCAAGUCCCAUCCCCCAGCACUCGAGCCCUUCUCUACUUCAGCCGACUCUGGGAGGAUUUCAAACACAAUACUCCUUUUUUGAACUGGAAGGAAAUUAUUGAGGGUAACUAUUCAUCAUCAUCACUUCAGAAGAGGGCAGGCAGUGCUGGUCAGCCUGGUGCAGGAUGGCCAGAGGUAGCAGCUGUAACGUCUAAGAACUACAAUUAUAACCAGCAGGCAUAUCCUACUGCGUCUGGCGGGCAGUACUCCGCCAAGGCCCCCGCUAAGGGGGGAGUCACGCUUUCUUCUUCGGCUUCCCGGGCGCGACCUGGCCUGCUGCAGUGGGUGAAGUUCUGGUAGAAAAUUACUCCCAAUUAUGCCUGAGACCCUGAGAAACAUCAAUCAUCGAGGAACCCAACCACGCCCCUCCCCCAGCUCUCCCUCCGGGCCAGCCCUGGUCUGGGUGUUGACACCUGCUCUUUCUAGGUUGGGGACCUGUCCUUUGUUUCUUCCCACGCAUGUGGUGUCUCUUUGACCACCAGCCUCAUCAAAUAAACCAGCCACUUUUUCUACCUACUCCAUGUGUGACCUGAAGUCACUGACCAUCUUUCAGGAGGAGUGUCCCACUUUUGAGUUUCUCUGUGGAAAUAAAACAUGAAUCUUUUUUUCUCUAA